AUGACACUUUCAUCAGAGGGAGGCAUCACGCCUCGCAUCAUCAUCCAUGGCGGGGCCGGAAACAUUAAGCGGGGCAACCUCGAUCACGAAGCUGAGGUGACAUACUCGAACGCGAUGCGGAGGAUUCUCCAAUCCUCAAAUGCAUUUCUCUCCAGACCAGAAGCAACUGCGCUGGAUGCAGCUACUUAUGCAGUCUCGCUGCUAGAGAAUGAUCCGCUCUUUAACGCAGGCCGUGGAGCGGUGUUCACACGGGCGGGCACAAAUGAGCUUGAAGCUUCGGUCAUGGUCUCCCGCGGCAAGAGGAAGCGGGGCGUUGGAGUAAUGCUCGUUCGACGAGUCAAGAACCCAAUCCUACUCGCCAAAGAAAUGCUUCUUCGAGGCGAGGAAGAUGACGGGGGCGGUGCUGGUGCGCACUCCCAGCUAUGCGGCGAGACCAUUGAAGAUCUGGCCCGCGAAUGGGGAUGCGAGAUGGUAGAGCCGGAAUAUUUCUACACCCAGAAGCGCUGGGAUGAACAUAUCCGUGGCCUCCAGCGAGAGAAGGAAAGAAAUUCUCAGAGCUCCGUUGAACGCUGUAAUGGAACCGAUUUUAAUUGUAAUGUCCUCAAGCCAGUUGGAGACCCUAGCUGGGAUGGACACGAGUAUCUUCCUCAGGGAACGGUUGGCUGUGUUGUGCUUGAUCGAUGGGGCACACUCUGCGCCGCCACUUCCACCGGAGGCUUGACGAACAAGCUGCCAGGCCGAAUCGGAGAUACUCCUACACUUGGAGCUGGUUUCUGGGCUGAGGAGUGGACAGAAGAGCAUAGACAAGUCGCUCGUUCUGUUACACAGCCCCUAUACCGACCACAAGCCCGCAUUUCCCCUCCGCUGCGUGAGCUGCAAAACGCGCCUUUAUCGUUUCUUCGAUAUGUCAUUGGUGACUGCAUCCCUGGUAUUGGGUUAUCUACCUACACGCGUCUUGUUCAAAACACCGAUGGUCAACGUAGCUCAGAAAAUGACUAUCUUACAGAGAAGACACGCUUCUUUCGAGUAUCCGGUAAACCUUCUCGAAGAGCAGUUGCAAUGUCCGGAACUGGCAAUGGAGACUCAUUUUUACGAGUUGCUGCUGUACGUACAGCAGCAGCGAUAUGCCGGUUUUCUGGAUCCGGGUCGUCUUUAGCAACAGCUCUAGCUCAAGUAGCCGGACCAGGAGGCGAGCUUCAGCAAUCAGCAGGCGAUCGCUGGGGUGUGACCGGGGAAGGGGAAGGCGGAAUAAUUGGCAUCGAGCUGGUUAGUGGCAAAGGAAAGAUCGCAAUGGACAUGAAUUGUGGGGGAAUGUUCCGAGCGUGGGUGGAUGACGAGGGCGUUGCCCAGAUUAGGGUGUUCAGAGAUGAUGCAUGA